AUGGUUACUCGGAACCCGCACAAAGAGCAAGACUACUUGGAUUAUCAGUGCCAGCGACCGUCAUCCUUCCCCAUCUCUCGGUCCAAUAUCCCGCCAACAACAGUACCUGCAGCAACAGUUACCAGUCCAACACCAAGUCAGUCCACCUCACCUCCUCUGACGACGACAUCCACCACGACUACUAGCACGCAGUCAGCCGCCUUUGGCCCCUCUCCCGCUCCGCGCGACAACUGUCCCUCCGUGAACGGCACCAACUACACCCCCCUGGAUGCCUCAGGCAAUAGCAUGUCCGUAAAGAUCAACCCGGUCGGCCCCACAAAGGUUCAAUCCUUCGUUCGCAUCUGCAACAGGAACUACCCCGGGGGUGGAUACGGCAACCCAGACACUUUGGACAUCAUGAAACUGUACCUGCCUACGCUGGAGGCGUGUAUUGAUGCUUGCGCCACCUACAAUGUUGUCUUCCAAGCCAACAGGCCGCAAAGACCAGGGGGGGCCGACGAUGUAUCGGACCAGGGGCUGUGUAGGAGCGUUGCUAUAGUAAAGUCUGAUGGCGAGUAUUGCUACCUCAAGAACGCAACAGGAAAGGACAACACCUUUAGGAAUCCGGAGAGGUACUCAGUUGGAAUUUUGCUCAUCUAG